UUACCAUGCGGCCGAUUAAUAUCUCUUAAGCUCUCUAGUAUCAUUCUUUUUCUCAUAAUUCAAAGUGUAAUUUAUAAAGUAACUUUGGAAUCGAUUGACUGGCAGCUUAAUGGACGAAAGUGAGAUCAAACAAAUAUUAGAGCCUCGCGAAUUGACAUAUUGUGGCGUUCUCGGCCAAGGUAGUUUUGGUCGGGUUGUUCAAGUGAGACACGAAGAUAACAAACAAUAUGCGGUUAAAAUCAGCUUAUUGGCAGACAAAACCAAGAAAUAUUUGAAAUGUGAACUUGGUGUUCUCAUGAAAGUCAAGUCGGAAAAUAUAGUGCAAUAUUUCAAACAUUGGCAUCAUAACAUCCGUGGAAAUUUGUUUCUAUUUAUUCAACUGGAAUUAUGUUUCAACAAUUUGAUGGAGUUCGUGUACAAUAACAGGAUUGAUGGUGGCGUGGAGAUCAUUAAAAACCCCAACUUCUUUCAUCAUUGUUUUCUACAAAUAUUACGUGGCCUUCAAGCAUUGCACAUGAAAAGUAUUGUUCAUCGCGAUCUUUAUGUUCAAAAUAUUCUUGUAGCUUUACCAGAGCCAACUAGCGUGCCGGAAAUUCAAAUUAAAAUUACCGACUUCGGGCUUUCCCGUUAUAUAAAUUCAUCUAUGAAGAAUAUUGCUUUGUCCAGAGAUAUUGCAAACGAAUAUUUCAGAGCACCCGAACUUGAACCCGGCAAUUGUGUUCCUUAUGAUUACAAAGUUGACAUGUACAGCGCUGGGGUUAUUCUUUAUUUUCUAACACGCUAUCUACCAAACCGAAACGGUUGGAGUAUGGAAUUUACAGAAUUAAGGAAUCUUCAGCGCGGCCCGAAGCAUCUGGCUCACAAUGACGAAUUACUUCAUUUUACUAUAAAAACGCUUUUAAGUAGUAAUCCGAAAGAACGUCCAACUGCAGAAGAUAUUUUAGAGAAAUGGGUUCAAGGAACAAAUACAGUGGAUGGUCCUAAACUGCAGGCAUCGCAUUCAUUAUCGACACAUGUAAGUCCAAUUCACGACUCGAUAAAGUGUGCUGUUAAAAUAGAAGGUGAAGAUUUCUGGCGAAGGUGCGAAUUGAGGGAAACCAGCGAUUAUUUAUCUGUAAGGCAGACAAUAUUACAAAAAAUACAUUUCUCUGCCGAUACAAAUGUCGAGUUGUAUGAGCAAACUACUGUCGAUCAAGAAAAAACAAUGUAUAUCAUAUCAAAUGAUGAUGAUGUUGAAAGAAUGUUUGCAAGUGCAAAAAAGCGUGAUGAUGGUCAACGUAUAAAAUUAGUUGUAAAGCGUAGUGAUGUGUCCAUUGGUUUCAGUGAUUCUACGGAAGCUACUCUAACUUCAGUUAAAAUGUCUUAAAGUAAAAAAGAUACUCCCCAAAACCAAAGUUUUUUACACUUGAAGUGUCUUGUCAAGACAUUUUCAAUCAAGAAGUAAUUGCACUUAAUCAAGAGGUAAUUGCACUUAAUCAAGAAGUAACUGCACUUAAUCAAGAGUAAUAACACAAUGUUUCCCAGCUUUAUCAUAUAAUUUACGAACCAUCAGUAAUUUCAAGGUCAAUAUUAGCUUUUCUUACUUACAAUUGUAACAAACAAAAGUAUUAAUUGCAAAAGUA